UCCUUAUGUGGCGGAUCCUCCGGACAGAAACGGAGCGAGCGACGCCACCGACCAUGGCAGAUACAGAGGACUCGGGUCCAGGCGCUGCCACUGACCCGGACACCCCGCGCACAACCCGGCCACACUACGUCUCCUUCAGCGAGACGGUGCAGCCAGCAGUCGGGAUGGUUAGCCAACUCCUGAGCCAGCAGUCGUCUCUGAAGUUCGACAAAAACAUAAAGCAGGCCUUCUACAACACAGGAGCUAUGAUCUUCGUGGCGAUCUGUUGCGGAGCGGCCGUGUUGGUUUACUUCAUCCUGGAGGCUUUUCUACGGCCGCUGCUGUGGGCAGUGCUGUGCGGCACCUUCCUGCACCCGUUCAAGUACUCGCUCGCCCGGCUGGGCCGUUCUUGGCUCAGCAAGCUGCAGGACAGCGGCACGCCGAUAGUGAUGGGGACUCUGCUUGUACCGGUGUGGUGUGUGAACUACGGGGUGGAGACGCUGGGUGAACUGAUCAUAGAGAGACGCAAUGUGUUGUUGGCAAUCGGGGCUGGUGUGCCACUGCUUUAUUUCUUAUAUAUGUUCUGGAGCCUCAUUGGCAUGCAGGUGAUCCUAAGCCAUGUCUGUGCCGUCAUCUGUUUAGGCCUGGAUUGUUUCAGCGCUGUGUGGGUUUUCACAUUAGUUGUGGGCUAUGCGUUUGCUGUGGCAUUUAAGUGGACACCUGGCAUGGAAGGUUACUUGCGUGCUCUGUCUGUGCCAGUAUGGACAGCUCUUAUUUUCUACAUGGUCUCUCUGACAGGGUCCUGGCAAGUGCCUGUUUUUGUUGUGGUGGUGUUACUGCUUAUAGUGGGUUCUCAGGAAAAGCCUGCUGUUCCAGGGAAAGGUGAGCUCCCAGGUCAGGUUCUGUCCUUUGCUGCUAAUACAAUCUACAUGGCUAUCUCCUGCAGUAAUGCCAGCCAUGCUGAGAAGAUACAGGAAGAGAGGAACACCAAAGAACAAUCCAAAGAUGUGGAUUCCUCCAAGGGGGUCUUUAGCAUUCAGUCGCCCCGGCGCCGCAGCAGGCUAGAUUUCAAGGGUUUCGCACCCAGAGAGAAGGCUAGUGAUAUCUACUUUGUGCUGCUUGCAUGGGCUAUAGUGUUGGUGCAGGUUUGGCUCAACCUCUGGAUCUUAAAGUUACUGCCCAUCCCUGCUGCUGUUUGGGUCUUGAAGAAGAUGGUUGUUCGUUUUGGGCUGAAAGAUUUCACAUGGCGGAGUCUAGUCAAAUGGUGGGCAGUCCUUGAGAGAUUUGUCAAAGACAGACAGGAGGCUCUGCUGCCUGGACCAAUCAGAGGCCUUUCUCAGUUCUUGCUUCGGGUGGACACUAAGCUCUGGCAUUGGCUUAACAAGCAGAUGAUAGUGUGGUUGGAACGCUCCUUGGAUAAGCUGAUCAGUAUUUUCAUUAUCUUCCUGCUGGUAACUGGCACGCUGCUCAUGGGCCUGCUGCUCACAGCUAUGGUGCAUCAUGAGAGCGUUCAUAUCAUAGGGGUCACCAGUAACCUGAUCAAUGAGACUGUUUCCAACCACCCAGAAUGGGCCAACUGGCUCCCAGAGGCUCAAGUUGUUCAGAAUGCUGUCAACUCUGCUGCCACCAACGUUUACCAACAUGGAAGAGAAUGGAUCACAAAUAAGCUUCAAAAGAUGUUAGGUGACAAAGUGAACAAUACAGCUGUCAUAGAGAAACAAGUUCUGGAGUUGUGGGACCGCCUCUACCAGUCCUGGAUUGUGAAGAACGUGACUCACACUGGACGACACCGCGGACACAAGCUAAAUCUUCACCGGCAGAACGGCUGGUUGGGGGACAUACUCGACUGGCAGGACAUCGUCUCAUUUAUGCAAGAGAAUAUUGAAACGCUGCUCUCGAUAUUGGAGUCUCUGUGGGUGGUGAUGAGUCGAAAUGUUGGCUUGCUGAUAUCAACUACAACUACACUGCUCACUGUACUGUUUCACAGCGGGACAGCACUGCUCAACUUUGCAUUGUCACUGGUGAUCUUCCUGACAACACUGUUUUACCUGCUGAGCUCCAGUGGUGAAUACUAUAAACCUGUGAAGUGGGUUAUCAGCCUCACACCCCUCUCCCAACCUGGACCAUCCUCAAAUGUUAUUGGUCAGUCUGUGGAGGAGGCCAUCAGAGGUGUGUUUGAUGCCUCUCUAAAGAUGGCUGGAUUCUAUGGUCUUUAUACUUGGCUUACACACACAAUAUUUGGCAUCAACAUUGUCUUCAUCCCCUCAGCAAUGGCAGCAAUUCUGGGUGCGGUGCCGUUUUUGGGGACGUACUGGGCGGCACUGCCUGCAGUUCUGGAUUUGUGGUUGGCACAGGGAGAGGGAGUCAAAGCGUUGCUACUUCUUUUCUGCCAUCUGCUGCCAACAUAUUUUGUUGACACUGCCAUAUACUCUGAUAUAUCAGGAGGUGGACACCCAUAUUUGACAGGCCUUGCAGUAGCGGGUGGAGCAUACUAUUUGGGUUUAGAGGGCGCCAUCAUUGGACCCAUUUUGCUGUGUAUACUGGUGGUUGCAUCCAACAUUUACAGCGCCAUGCUAAUGAGCCCUAGCAGCAGCCAGCCAACUCCAGUGCAGAGCAACUUCCCUGUACAUCAGGGCAGGUCAUUCACAGAAACCCCUAUGCAGCUGAAGAGCCAAUGAAUGACGAGGAAUCAGUCUAGCCUUAUACAGGGGGGGAUAAAAAAACUAGUCUUGAAGGCUACAUUUUGUAUCUUCCGGUUAGGUUUCCACAGCAACAGAAACACACUGCACAUAGCAUUAUGAUGCCCUCAGUGUCGACAUCUGUGCUAAACAAAGUUCACUUAGCACUUAGCACUGUGAUGCUACAUUAGCUAAUGCUUGGAGACCAGACUCCUGGAGAACUACAGGGCUUAUAUAGGCACACUCCUGUGUAAAGUUUAGUUAACACACCUAUGCUUUGUCUAGCACUGUACUGGUGAAUUAUGCCUGUGCUACCCUAUAUUAUGUUUACAUUGUGCUUCACUGUAAAAGUUCAACUAGCUUAUCGUCAGUGCAGCAGAUCACAUUUUCAGUCUAUAGGUCACAGAUAUGUUGCUUAUCUGGUUGUACUGAUAAUUUGUCCCAUAUUGUGGAUGUUUGACACUAUUGUUAAUGUAAACAAUUGUUUGUGUGAAUGAAAGACAGUAGUGUGAAAGGUGAUGUCAGAUUUUACUAUUCAGACAUUUGCAUCGCUUUGCAUGUACUGAGUACCUACUGUUUUAGUUACUAUAUCUUUAUGGAUAAUAAGCAUAUGCAGUGGUCUAGAAAUAGACUAACUUCCAGCAAGGUUUUUUUUUUUGUUCUAAUUUAGCUUAUACAGAACUGUCUGUAAUUCUUAAAUGCACCUUGGUUUUACUGGUUCAAAUGUGUUUGAUUAGUGCUGAAACUAAAGAUUCAGCUAUAGGAGUUGGAUUUCCAUACAAAAAUCAAGGGUUUAUGGUAAAUUCGCUACUGAUACUUUUCACAUGCAAAUGAGUUUGUGAUUCGCUGCAAAUGUUUGCCAGAAGUUUACAGUUCUUCACCAUUAGUGGUGAACCUGCAGCAAACCUUUGGCAACAAUGAACAAUUUGCCACAAGUUUGCAGCAAACCUCUUUUGCAUGUGAAAAACGAGCAGUAUGUUUGCGGCUAGUUUGAUUUUUUUUUUUGUAAGGACUGAGCUACACUGGCCUACACAAAUAUCAGUUUUUGGAGAGUAUUUGUUUAUAAACAAACUCUAUAAUAUUGCACAUGCUAAUUUCUCAUGGUAAACUAGAACAUUUGCACAAAUGUGAAACUAACUUUAAACUGUUACUAGUGUUUUUAUGUUGAAUUGGAUGCUCGCUCAUCAGCCUUGCACUCAUCUUACCUCUUCUUAAUUAGCAAGCGUCAUAUGAAUUUUACUCUCUGUAUCUAUUAGUCAAGUACAGAGUCAAAAGGAGGUACUCUGCAAGAAUUAAGGACAUUACAUCAUCAAUAUACAAUGGUCAAAAUACAAUAUUCUAACAGCAUUUCUUAGUAGGCAACUCUGGACCCCAAAGAUUUUUAGAUUACAUACAUUUCUAAUGAAGCACACUUUAAAAGGCCUGUCUUUGUACAUGCAACACCACUUACUUUGCAGACGAUUUAGUGUUUAAACAUUAAAACUAGCUGGCAAAGACCUAGGUUAGGUAGAGCUGAAGGCAAAGAGAAUGACCAGAUGCUGCUGACAGAAAUGGCUUCAUGUUAUUACAGAGGAGAGAUUUUCUGCAUUUUGUGUGUGAAUCAAGCUUUUAUGCAAUACACUGGACAGAUAAAAGUAGCACUCCUUUACUGUACUGUUUCUAUAGAUUACAUUUUUCCUUAUCUUUGCAAGGUCUUAUUCUAAAAAAGGAGAUGAGUGGAAGUGGAUGCACUUUGAAGUUUCCAUUCGGUUGAUGUUAAAAAACAGAAAUGGGAGUUAACUUUAUGAGUAAAUCAAUAAAACUCACUUAGAGGGUUAGUUUACCCAACAAUAAAAAUACUGUAGGAAUGUACUCAACCUCAUAUUGUUCAAAACCUGUAUGGCUUUUUUUCUUCUGUGGAGCACCCAAGUAGAUGUUACAGAGAAUGUAAGCCUCAGUCAUUAUUCACUUUAUGUACAUAUUUUUUUUUCCACAAACUGAAAGUGGAUGUUUCUGUCAUUCUACCCAAUAUACCCAUGGGUUUGGAAUUACAUAAUUGUUUUUAUUAUUAUUAAUAUAUAUAUAUAUUUUUUUUUUAAUGAAGUGAAAUACUGUAUAAAAAUAGCAUGUUUGUUGUGUUCAUAAAUAUG